AUUUUGUUGUAGAAUUGUUUAGAAUCAUAGGUUUCAAUGGUUCCUGUAAUUUUGAAGAUAAUGGUGAUGAAGGUGUUGACGAGAAGAAUAAAUCAAUUUCAUCAAAUCCUUCAACAUUGAAAACUUCUAAUUCUAAUUUAUGA